AGAGUCGACUGCGCUCAGUUUUGGAGCGCAGUUUAGUUGAGUUUACGGUGCUGUCUGGUUGUGUUCGGCAAAACAACGGAAAACGGAAAACGGAAUCGGAAUCGGCAUCGAAAUUGAUAUUGAUAUUGAGCUGAGAGGCAGCGAUAAACCCGUCGGUUGCCUCGUCGGUCGAAGCAGAAGGAGAAGUUGACGAAUUCACCUGCUUUAAUGUAGCACCAGCAACAAGACUUCAAUUACAACAACAACAACAAGAACUAGUGACUGCAGUUUUGUAGGUGGCAGAGAGAGGGGCAAGUGUUGCUGCCACAUCAAUGCGGCGACGUCGACUUCGAUGCCGCUGUCAAUGACGCGACGCCGAAUUAAAUUCGUGUACACGAAAAAAUUGAAUGACGCCUAAACUUAGCCUCGCCCGCAUUGAACUAGAUAAAACAUAAAGCAACAACAAAUUAAACUAACUAAAGCAACAACAAUAACAACAACAAUAUGACCGUCUCAUAUGCUGGCGAAGUGCCAAAUGGCAGCAGUUUUGGCUGCUUCUGGAAAAUCCUAUGGAAAUGGCGCGGCAGCGUUUACAAAUUAGUCUGGCGUGAAUUAAUCGCCUAUUUGUGUUUAUAUUAUACCAUAAAUGUCAUCUACAGAUUCGCGCUAACUCCCAAUCAGCAGGUGCUGUUUAAUAAAAUAAGAGUAUAUUUUGGGAAACAGGGUGAGAGCAUACCCAUGUCCUUUGUCCUGGGCUUCUAUGUAAAUUUGGUGGUAAAACGUUGGUGGGAGCAAUACCGUCUAUUGCCUUGGCCCGAUACGUUGGCCCUGUUUAUCAGCGCUGCCAUUCCCAACUCCAAUGGAGGCGUUAAUAACGAAACGGGUCGACUAAUGAGGCGUAAUAUAAUGCGUUAUAUGGUUCUGGCUUAUGUCAUCACCUUGCAACGCAUCUCGUUGAGAGUCAAGCGUCGUUUUCCCACCACACAGCAUCUGGUGGAUGCGGGUCUGAUGCACGAAUCGGAGAUGAAAAUCUUCGAGGCUAUGAAUCAGAAGAGUCCCAUGUCCAAGUACUGGAUGCCACUCGUCUGGGCCACAAAUAUCAUCAAUCGGGCCCGCAAAGAUGGACUCAUUGCCUCGGAUCACAUUGUGCAAACGAUUCUCGUCGAAUUAUCCGAUAUUAGAAGACGUCUGGGUGGCUUGAUUGGCUAUGAUACGGUCUGUGUACCUUUGGUCUAUACUCAGGUGGUUACCCUCGUGCUUUAUACCUAUUUCAUAGCCGCCCUGAUGGGUCGACAGAUGUUGCCAAUGGUUUUGGAUCCCAAGGGCCUCGAGCAAUCCGAUUUAUAUUUUCCGCUGUUUACCGUUUUGCAGUUCGUUUUCUAUGUGGGCUGGCUAAAAGUUGCCGAGGUGCUAAUUAAUCCCUUUGGCGAAGAUGACGAUGAUAUCGAAUUGAAUUGGCUCAUUGAUCGACACAUAAAGGCCGCCUACAUGAUUGUGGAUGAGAUGCACGAGGAGCAUCCGGAGCUGCUAAGAGAUCAAUACUGGGAGUGUGUGGUGCCCAAAGAGUUACCCUAUACCCUAGCCUCCGAGCAUUAUAGACGCGACGAGCCCAAGGGAUCGGCGGAGAAGUACAAGGUGAAAAAAGAGGAUGCCAUGUAUGCAAAUAUUAUACCCGGCGGUGGCAAACGAAUGCUCAGCGAUGAUGUCUAUGCGGAUUAUGAGAGUGUGGACACUCCCAUGGUGGAGCGGAGAAAGAACAAUUGGCUUGUAAGACAGCUCUCCCGCAUGGGUUCCAUGCAGAUACCACUCAAUGGCUUAGGCGUCAAUGUGGCCAAGACACGUCCACGUAUUCCCACACCCGAGGUUACCAAGGAUGGCAGCACCAAUACAGCAAGCGGUGCCGUUAUAAUGGCUCCACAGCAGCUGAGCACACAAAGCACAAGUGGCAUGUAUCCCUCGUAUCACAGCACCAACACCGGCGGCACCAAUAUGCACCAGGAUAGUGGUCAAGUGCUGGGCACACUGCUCCUAUCACCUAUCAAAGAGAUGGACAGCUCAUCAUCCAAUAACACUCUGAUUCCAGGGCAUCCAGCAACGGCAGCCCUCGCCCAGGCCGUGAUGCCGACCAGAUUAAAGGAUGGCUUUGCAGCGACCACUUUGCCGGCGGAGAGCAACAUAACCACACUCUCGUUUCCCUUCACGGUCGCGACGAGCGGUGGCGAGACGAUGCCCAGUGGCACCUUGAGCAUUUUGCCACUGACAGGCAAUGCCCAACUACCGACGAUCACAACCACCGGCAGUGGUUAUGAUCCCAACGAUGUGAUCACCACAAUUCCCGUCUCGUUGUCCAUUCAAAGGACACCCUCGAGUCUGUCCAUUAUGGAGCUGACGGGAGCUGGAGAUGGUGGCGAUAGCAGUGGCUCCAGCAAUGGCAGCGGUGGUGGCAUCACCACAACGGCAUUGCUUUCGGUGACACCACUCAAUGGAGCCGGCAAUAAUAAUAUAUCACGGCAGAAUAGCUUCAAUGUCAGCCUCAAUCUGCAGGAUGCGAAUUUCCUGCGUUCCUCCGUGCGCUCAGCGGGUCCCACGGAUGCAGUGGAUGCAACGAUUUCCAUGCCACGUGGUGGCAAGGAGGCAGCAGCACAGACAGCUGCUGCAGCCACUGCCUCCUCGGCGCCCUCAACGCUGGCCAAGCACAAGCCGGAGCCCAAGACGGGCGAGGUUUACGUAUAAGAUUGGAUGAAUAUAUUUUAAUAACAACGAUGAUCAUGUUAUGGAUAUAGCUUUCUAGGGAUAUAGCCAGUUGCGGAUUAUUUGAACAGAGUUGAACCUAGUUAUACUUAGGAUUAAAAACGCUGGCAUUGCGCCACCCGGAACCAUUUUAAAGAUAUUAUAUUAGAGUCAGUUGUGAGAGAACUUAAGAGUAAUUAAUUAAUAUAAGCUUAAAAUAUUGGAAUAAUUUUCUAAAUAUUAUGCUAAAGAAAGUUGUGAGACGAAGUUAAAGAUGAGAGAUCUUGAUAAUAAUUAACUGAUAUAAGUCGAA